ACUGAACUGGUAUGCCAACUGUUGCCUACCUCCUACCUCGCGUCACGAAAAAUAUUUCUGAAAAAUUGUUCAGUUCAUUGUGCAGUCGAAAUUUAGAUUUUAGCAAUGUACUCCACCAUAAAAGACCCGAAACCGCAUCAGAUGAUGACGUGCCCCUACAAUAAGGCGCACCAGGUAGAGCACUACAGAAUGCACAUCCACCUGCAGAAGUGCAGGAAACAGUACCCCAAGUGCUCCAAGACCACAUGCCCAUUCAAUGCGACACAUGUCAUCAAUGAUGCAGAGUUAGAUUUUCAUGUGUCAUCAUGCCCGGAUCGCUUCCUUUUCGACAACCAGAAGUACGUGGUGGAAGAUGAGGUGCAGCAACGAGAACUGCCGCCCAUCCCCGUCGUAGAGUGCGAGGAAAAUUGGGAAACUGAGCAAGCGGCGUCUUACGUCCCAGACACUACUGCAAAAUCUCACAUAAUUUCUAAAGUGAAAGGCGCCACGCCGUCGGAGCGGCGCCGCGCGCGCCUAGAGGGUGUGAAGAGCUAUCGCCCCCUCGACCACUAAGCCACCGAGCUUCUUGCCCGUUCUUCUCAUCCAGACCGGCAUUUACGGCCCCACUUAAAGCCGUAACAUACGGACGUACAGCACCGCGGCCUUGGUCCUGUCAAAAUAUCUUUCUCGCUCUCACUUAUAGCUGUCGUACUCACGUACGGCUGACCACCUUACAGACCAUCGAACAGGCCUCUGACCGGACCAAGGUCGCGGUCCGGUACGCCCGUCUGUUAAUAUACAAACAAGGGGCUUUACAUACUACCUGCGACGAAUCUGUCGGGAUUUCAUUUGAUUGUUUCCAGUGCAAACGCAACUUUUCGGUAGAUAUAUGUAGUAGAAAAAUAUUCAUUUAUAGGUUUACCACAACUAGGGCGGCUGGCAUAAAGUUAUGUGUUUGAAGUCUUGGAAAUACAAAAAAAAAUCAUCUAUUAUCUCAUUAUUAUUUAUCAGAACGGGACUUAAUCGCGUCUAGUUAAGUUUUUAAAUUUACCUCCGACGUUUCGAGGACGUAUCUAUUAUCUGGCAAACCCACUUUGUUAGUAGAAAAAGGUGGCAAAUUUAAAAAAAAAUGCAUUUUUUUUAUUUGUCUUGCUUUGUAUUUGCCUUGAAAUAGAUUGCCAAACUAUACUAGAAAACUACCGCGCAACGUCUUUGCCAACCGCCUGAGUCAAACGGUGUCAGUGUUUUCUCGUCAGUCACAGAAAAAAUCGAAGACACUUAAUCCAGAUAACUCGCGUUUGUAUGUACUGAUAAAAUUACAUGGAAUACUCCAGGGGCCUGUUUCUCAAAAGCUUGUAGCUUGUAAUACAAGUGGAAGUCCCUUUCUAACCAAAGCUGUCAAAAAGUGACAUCCGCUUGUACAGUCAGCAGCAGAAGUUGGUAUACAAUUAAGGUGCUCAUAAAGUGGCUAUCGUUUCAUUUGCCAAAAAUAUGUUAACAGUUAGGAUAGCAUUUAAAUUUGAACGCUCAGUUUGCCAAACUUAUAUAGCAGUCGGUUUAUAAUAUCUUUACACAUUUCGGAUCACUAACACAUUCAUCAUCAUCAUCAUUAAUUUAAGAGCCUAGCUCUUGUCGGUGGAACAAUUUCCAUGUAUCUCUACUAACACAUUACCUGUCAGAAAUACACUGGUAUCUAACCAGUCAAAUAUUGCAAUAAUAUCUCAACAGCGUUACCACAGAUAAUUAACUUUAUAUUCUUGUCAGAAAAGUCGAAAUUUUAACUAAGUAGGUAACCCACAUUUACGUAAAAGCAGUGUGGUCGCGUCCUUGCAUUAGUUUAUUGUCAGUCUGACAGAUUAUAUACUUACAGUCGCCAUCAGAUAUAUCGGAGCGGCCGAGGUACUCAAAAAUAUCUGAACAUGCCCUCUAGCGCCUUGACAAUAGCGGCGUGUUCAGAUAUUUGUGAACACCUUGGCCGCUACAAUAUAUAAAAAAAAAAAAAAAUUAACUGUUUAUUUUUCAUAAGGAACAAGAAUUACAAUAUUCCUAGCUCUAAUCUUAUAUGUUUAAUAUUAUAUGGGCUAAGGGGUAUGGGGAUGCAACCCCUGCUUACAUUAUUAAAUUUUAAUUAAAUAUUUUACAUGCUAGUCUUUAUACAUUUAUGUCUAUCAGCGCUUUUUUAACAAUAGCCUUAAUAUUACUAGGUUUCCUAUUUAUAUCUUCAAUUAAAUCUCUGGGAAAGCUGUUUAGAGCUUUUGGCACGUAUGAGGACCAAGUC